UACAGUUAGAGCCAGUAUUUAUCUUCCUACCAUCAGCCUCCUUUGUACAUCGGGAUCCCUCUGGGCUCUGGCUGAAAGAAAAAUAUUCACUUUUUACUCAUUUUGACAUUUAGAGGGUCUACUCUUCUCAGUAGCAUAACUUUGUUAACUUUCUUCUUCAAUUAAAGCCCACGAGCUGGUUUUGAAUCUUUUAAUGCACAAAUAAAGCUCUCCCCAUUACAAAAGCUUGACUAAGCUUAGUCCCUUCAAAGUGAAGAUUCACUUAGUCAAAAGCCUAAAGUUCUUAUCUUUACUUGGGCAUUUAUGUUAAUAAGUAGAACCCUUUCAGCCUCUGCCAUGUUCUGACUCUGUUAGCUGCAAAUGAUGACUUUGUGGGUACUUCCUGGAACCACUGGAUUGGUAAAAUACAUUGAGAAGAGUAAAGUUUUUAGAGCCUAAUUGGUACUCUUGUGAACCCAUUUGGUUUUUUUGGACUAGUGGGUCUACUACUCUGGUUAAUCUGUCAAGAAACCAUCUGUGUAUCAUUUGUUCUUUUUCUGGUGUGUAAUGAUGUGGUUUGAAGGGGGUGGAGACAGUAAAAUGUUGGGACUGAGAGUGACUUCCAGACACAAACGUUCAAAGAGCUUCCCCGAUAAGAAAAGAGUCGAGGAAGAUGGAGCAGAUAGUUCUUUUGAAGUAUCACACCGCAUAAAGCUGGACAUGGGGCAAUUGAAGGACUCUGUCAAAACCAAGAAGAAACAAUCUCCCAAGAAGGAAGUUCAAGUUUCUUUGAAGGAAGAGAUUCUACAGCUGGAGAAAAGAUUACAAAAUCAGUUUGAAGUUCGUCGUGCUCUGGAAAAAGCAUUGGGUUAUAGGACUUUGUCGCAUGAUAACACGUCUGACAUUUCAAUGCCUAAGUCAGCCAUGGAAUUAAUAAAGGAAAUCGCAGUGUUAGAGUUGGAAGUUGUGUAUUUGGAACAAUAUCUUCUCUCCUUAUACCGGAAAGCUUUUGAUCAACAAAGAUCCUCAUUUUCUCCACCUAGCAAGGAUGAAGUACCAAAAUCACCAGUGACUAGCCCCGGAGGGAGGAGAAUCCUGGAUGUUUCUGGGCCUGAUAUAACAUCAAGGAGAGAAAUUUCAGCUACUCAAUCUGGUAGUCUGCUCCAUGAUAAUCCAUGGAGGGACUCAAGUGGUAUUGGGGGAGAAGAUAAGCUAUUAGAUUCUGGUGUUCAUCGCUGUCACUCUUCACUAUCGCAACGUUCAGCAUUUCCAACUAGAACCUCUCCUCAAGCAGAGUCUUUUGGAAGAGCUGUACGUGCCUGCCAUUCCCAGCCAUUGUCCAUGAUGGAGUAUGCUCAGAAUGAAACGAACCUAAUCAGUUUGGCUGAGCAUCUUGGAACACGCAUUUCUGAUCAUGUUCCAGAGACACCUAACAAGCUUUCAGAGGAUAUGGUCAAGUGCAUGUCAGCUAUAUAUUGCAAGCUUUCAGAUCCACCUUUGACACAUAAUGGCCUUUCAUCUCCUAGUUCAUCUUUGUCAUCAAUGAGUGUAUAUUCCCCACGAGAUCAAUGUGAUAUGUGGAGUCCAGGAUUCAGAAAUAAUUCAUCAUUUGAUGUACGGCUAGAUAACCCUUUCCUUGUCGAAGGACUGAAAGAAUUUAGUGGACCAUACAGUACAAUGGUUGAAGUGCCAUGGAUUUAUAGAGAUAGUCAAAAGUUGGGAGAUGUUGAACACUUGCUGCAAAAUUUCAGGUCACUCAUCUGUCAAUUGGAAGAGGUUGAUCCUAGGAGGCUGAAACAUGAGGAGAAGAUGGCUUUCUGGAUCAAUAUACACAAUGCAUUAGUGAUGCAUGCAUUUCUGGCUUACGGGAUUCCACAGAGCAAUGUAAAGAGAGUUUUUCUGCUCUUGAAGGCUGCUUACAAUGUUGGGGGUCAUACAAUCAGUGCAGACACGAUACAGAAUUCUAUACUUGGAUGUCGGAUGUCUCGACCAGGACAGUGGCUACGAAUAUUAAUUCCAUCAAAAUCAAAAUUCAAGACAGGGGAUGAACGGCAAGCAUAUGCAAUCGAUUAUCCAGAACCCCUUUUGCACUUUGCACUCUGUUCUGGAAGCCAUUCUGAUCCUUCGGUUCGUGUCUACACACCGAAGAAAGUAUUUCAAGAACUUGAAGUUGCGAAAGAAGAGUAUAUCCGAGCUACAUUUGGGGUACGCAAGGAUCAAAAGAUCUUACUCCCCAAGGUUGUAGAAUCUUUCGCGAAGGAUUCAGGUUUGUGUCAGGCUGGUGUUAUUGAAAUGAUCCAACACUCAUUGCCUGAAUCUCUAAGGAGGUGUAUUAAGAAAAGUCAGCUAGGAAAACCUCGUAAGAUCAUCGAAUGGGUUCCUCACAAUUUCACUUUUCGGUAUUUAAUAUCUAAAGAGCUUGUAAGAUGAUUGCUUACUUGCAUGCAUCCAAUAGGUUUUAACAUGAGUUUGUCACAUUUGCAUUUUCUCGAGGAUUUUUCACAUUUUGAGAUUCUAUAAUUUCCUUGUACAAAGUAGAGGAUGAAGUAAAAGAAAAAGAAAUGUUAGAAUAGAACAAUGCUUUCUUUUAGUUUGUAUAAUGUAAUCUCCAGUCUUCUUCUAUGCUGUGUCACGGAAGUAUUUUUUGAUUUCUGUAAUGCUGGACAAGAAUGAACUUGUGUAUUGAUCUUUGUAAAUAAAUUUUGUAUGUUCAUUCUUUUUAUUUUCUCAA